CUUAAGUCAAAUUCUGGUGAAAGGCACUAGAUAGAGUGUAAUAUAGUAUAAGCAUUAUUUGCGAGAGCUUUCCAGGUUAAGGCAAAAGGGAAUACCAGUUUCACACAGCUUCUCCAUUAUACUUAGCAGAGAAAUAUCCAAAUACAGUACCUGCAGACGGUGCCAGAUGAAGUACGCCUGCUGAGAGAGAUCGUCACUUUCUGCCUCAGAGUAUAUAUGAACCUCAGCUUCAACAUCAACAUAUUUAUGGAUCUCUCUACUCACCACCUUUGAACUCCUAACAAGUGACAUUUUUGACAGAACAAUUACAAAGAAUUCCAUGGAAGGAAACUAUCUGACCAGAAACACGGAUAAAGGGGAUAGGUUUGGCUUUGAGGAGCAUUCAUGGGGAAGUUCAUGGCCUGCUAGAAACUAUGCUUGUAGCUUUUGCAAGAGAGAGUUCAAGUCUGCUCAAGCCUUGGGUGGCCACAUGAAUGUUCACAGAAGGGAUAGGGCAAGGUUGAGAUCUUCCUUACCCUCAUCAUCAUGGGUUUCUGAGUGUCCUAAACCUAACCCUAGCAUUAUGCCAAACCCCACUCAUCUUUCACCCUCCUCUCCAUCUUCCUGUCUAUCUAACACUAACCUUUUCAAUUGUGCUCAUUGUUCUCCACUUUAUAGCCCUUCUUUGACUGUGUCGUUUUCACUGACCCCUCCGGUUUCUCUCAAUGGAGACAAGAAACAAACACUCGCAUCUUCCCAGUUUCUUACUCUUUCGGUUCCUCAGGAAAGUGAGGAAAUUAAGGUUUGUAAGAACAAAGAGAUUGGUUUGGGAGUUGAAGAAGUACAGGGUUGUGCAAUAGGAGAGGAAUGCAAGGUUUGUAAGAGUAGUGAACAUAGCAUCAAGCUGGAGUUGGGAAUAGGGUUUCUUAAACAACCAGAGAAGUUAGAUUUGGAACUACGAUUGGGGCACUGAUUGCUAGCUAUGUAGCUCGGUGCAAAUUUUCAAAUAUUGGCAGAUCUGCGAGUCUGUAACUUCUAAUUUGUUUAACUUCCUGCACUAGUUAUAUUUUUAACCCAUAUAAGCUGUUUUUUUCUUCUAUUCUGCAUCUCAAGGAUAUUAUAUUUCUUAAUUGAGAUCUUCUAAUUUGGUUGCCUUUUUUAAGGUUGCAAUGGUUCUAUUUUGUUUGUUUUCUUUUGUGGGGGAGAGGGAGAAGAGGAGUGUUUCUUUCUACCCAUUUGAAUGAUCGAUCCAAGGUUGGGAAAAAAUUAGUUUGAUACAUGCCAAGUGAUAAAAAUUGAAGGCCACAACUGCAUAUCAGAAAGAAGAUCAUGCUUAUAGAGAUUCUUAACUUUCAGACUGUUGUAUAUGUCUCAAGUGGAAGACAUUGCUCUUUCAAAAAAUCUUCACCUUG